UUCCUUGGUUCCUUACCACUAAAACCAUCAUCGGUUCUUGGUCCACCACUGGUAUCGCCGUCAUCUUCUUCAUAGCACCAUUAAUUGCAGAGAAAAAAUAGCCAUUUGGUGAAAAGCCGAAGAAACCAUUCGGAAAAAGACACACUAUUGCAGCAGCUCAUCGAAAACCCUGCCAAUACCCGACCCGCGAGCCGUUAGGUGCAACCGUCCCGCAAUUAGUCCAAACCAAACAACUGCCCCUGCCCCGAUUUCGUGAAUCACCAACCAACCAGCACCCAGAUAUGGAACAGGCUCCGAUCACCGACGCGGAGAAGGUGCGCAUCGUCUCCGACUUCAUCCUGCACGCGCCACCCGGCGAGUUCAACGAAGUGUUCAAUGAUGUGCGCGAGCUCCUCAAAAACGACACCUUGCUGAAGGAUGGGGCCAGCCACGCCUUCUCACAGUACAACAAGGACCAGCUGACUCCGGUCCGCAUCGAGGGAAGCGAGCACAACGCCAUCAUAUCGGAGUAUAACGAUCUGGGCAACGGUCGCUUCUACGAUCCGCGCACAAAGCAGGCCUUUAAAUACGAUCACCUCAGGAAAGAGGCUUCCGACUAUCAGGACGUAGAGGCAGAUGCCAGUGCAGAACCUUGGCGGGCAGCCCUGGACUUGGAGACGCUCGCAUAUACUGCCAGUCACUACAGACACGGAGUCAGCUCGGUCUUUGGAAAGUCGCAGGGUAACCAGAUUACGCUAACGAUUUGCAUCGAAGACCACCAGUUUCAGCCGAAGAACUACUGGAACGGACGGUGGCGCUCACAGUGGCAUGUUACCUUCCAGGCGGGCACCAGCACCGCCGAACUGAAAGGUGUUCUGAAGGUGCAGGUGCAUUACUACGAAGACGGAAACGUGCAACUGGUGUCCUCGAAGGAGUGCCGCGAAAGCGUUGUGGUUAGCAACGAGCAGCAGGUGGCCAAGGAAGUGAUUCGCCUCAUCGAGGAGGCAGAGAACGAGUACCAACUAGCCAUCUCAGAGAAUUACCAAACGAUGUCCGACACAACGUUCAAGGCCAUGCGCCGCCAACUGCCAAUUACCAGGACCAAGAUCGACUGGAGCAAGAUCGUCUCUUACAGCAUUGGCAAGGAACUGAAGACGCAAUAAGACCAGGAGGUGCAAGCGGAAGCAGAGGGCACACAGUCGACGAAGCGACCCAACAGUCUUCCACUUGCCACGGCCAAGCGAGCAUAGAUACCAGCCGAACAGCAGCAUUAGCAUUACAACAUCCAAUCCGAAGCAGCGCGGUAAAACGAAUACGAACACGAGCAGGCGGGCGAACCAAACUCUAAGCUGGAUGGUUCCUGCCGAUAAUAAAUGUGUAAUUGCUAUAUACAUACGAUCAUAUACAUACAUAUAUAUAUAUACAGCGUGUAUUUACAAUGUGUUAUAUAACGAUGAAAGUUCAUAUACAUAACAUAACUAUAUAUAUUAACUACGACCGGAAAUUAUUUGGUUGCGCGAUGAAUGAACUUGGAUGAUUGAAGCCUGACGGCGAACGAUGCUCUGUUGCCUCGUUUGAGUCACGAUCGCCACCAAUAGUCGCCUUUAUCGGUUAAGAAGAGCAUUAAACGCGGUUUUUAUCAUGUACUUUGACCUAUGUAUUAUUCUAAUUUUAAACAAAUCGAACACGAAAUAAGAUGUCCAGACGAGCAACCUACGGAAGGCCAGAAUUGGCCAGCCUAACUGUAAGAGGGCCUCGCGAUUCGGCCAAACCAAUAUCAGAGCCUUGGAAUCGAACGCCUUUACACUAUUUUAAGCAGUAUCAUUAGACCACGAGCACCCAUCCAGUUUUCUCUAAAACACAAUACUUCCCCCAGAUUAUUUACAACAAAAAACAUGAACACGAAUACGAUAUAAGCUUAAUAUUCAACGGCAGUUGGCCGUCAGCAGUUCACUUCAAUAACAAAAGACUUUGAUUUUAUAAAACAACAAAUUUUUAAUUUAAAGAGCGUAACUAUACAACAUUUAAGAUUGCUUGAAUUAGUCAAAUUUAAUGAAAAUAAACUAAUUGAAUCGGA